AUGACCUCGGCUAUCCCAUCUGACUACGUCUGCUCUGAUUCCCACCCGGUACCUGACCUUGGCUUGAACCGACUACCCAGUACACAUCUAAAUCCCGGAAGGGCUUGCAUACCACGCACAGGCGCCUCCUGUCUGCAGACCUAUCUCCGUGCACCAGCUGUGCUUCUGAGUGGACUACCAACCAGCACUCCUACAGGCGUCCUGUGCAACUCUGGGCCUGACUCCCGCUGUCCCACUCUCAGGGGAGUCCGGAACUUAGCCGCAAGGGAAGCCCUCUCUCCACUGGCCUCCAUCACCAGGUGGACUCCAAUCAAGUUGUGGAAACAUCUCAAGGAUGAUCAUGGGAACAGGAUGCACCAGAGAUCUAUAGUGAGUGUCAUGGCAAAGGCUGGGAAUACUUAUGUCUAUGUUUUUUUUUUUUUUAAUAAACUGCAAAGAUUUCAAAACAAA